AAAUGAAUUAACGGCGGUUAAAAAUGGCCAAAAUAAACGGCGUGAGAGUAACAGGUUUCUGGGCGGACGUAGCAAACCAGUAGAUCAAUGUUCAUACUUCCGGUGCCCGUCUUGUGGAGAUUAUGAAUGUCAAACACGUCCAGCUGUGCCACCAGGGUGAUGCUGACUUUGUCGACUGAUUUUCGUGAAUGAUUUUAUCAAAGCGACUUCGUGUUUUUGGGCGGUUCUUUGUGUCAGUUUUUAGCUGAACUCACGGGCAGCCGGGAAAUUAAAGCAGCAUGUGGCCCGUAGUGUGGGCCGCGAUGCGGACCUACGCGCCGUACGUCACCUUCCCCGUCGCUUUUGUGGUCGGCGCCGUGGGCUACCACCUGGAGUGGUUCAUCAGAGGCACUCCGAAACCUCGGGAGGAAGAGAAGAGCAUCUUGGAACUGAGGGAGGAGAGAAAGCUGCAGGAGCAGGUGGGAACAGACGGCACUCAGGUGCUUAGCCUUAAAGAGAAACUGGAGUUCACGCCUAAAGCUGCUCUCAACAGGAACAGAUCUGAGAAGAGCUAACUCGUGUCGCGACAGACUUGUUCUUGCAGUUUGUUUGUUUUUUUCUUUUCCAUCAAGAGGAUGGUUCCCCGGGAACCGAAGAGGUGAACCAGAGGACAGAAGUCGCCCACUGUUCUACUCACCUGAGUAGUUUUCACUUGUCACCUGAAGAAUGAAAGCCAGCCCGGCCGACAGUAAACACAUAAAACCAAACACACUCUUGCUAUUCUUUGUAUCCAGGUAAAAAUCUUGUAUCGGAGAAUUUUUAGAAGAUUUGACAAUGAACAGAUGAACAUUUCAAUCAAGCCACUGUAAUAACAUAUUUAUUGAACCUUUAAUUGAUUGUUUGUAGUUGCUCAUCUCCACUUACCAAAAACAAAUCGUGUUUAUUCAUGUCAUAUUACAGCAGCAUGAGCCAGAUAUUAUUGUGGCUUCAUGAUUAAGUCACUCGACAUUUUUUUUGUUUUGUUUUUUGGUAGUUUCAUUCGAAGAUAUGGUGAUAAAUAUUUCUCAAAGCGAGUGUCCUUUAAUCUUUUCUGAAUGUUAGAAAAGAAGUAGUAAUUAUCUUGCUGGAAGUGGGGAAAGAAAGAUGGCUCUUUGUUGUUCCUUUUAUCAAAUCUGGCCUUUGAAAGUGUGUGGCAGUGCAGGAGGUUUCGUUGGAGCUGGAAGCCUUUGAGGAGUAUUAUAACCUGAACGUGAUGCUUUCAUUUUAGAAAGUCUGGACGGUCAGUACUCCUAGGUGUAUAAAUUGCGUGUCAAAGAAAUGAUAUGAAAUAAAGGAAAUCUAUGUUCAUAAAUUGAAAAA